CCAUGUUAUGUACCAACCCGCCGAGCCAGCUCCACACACGGUGACAAAAAAAGACGGAAGCCCACAAAUUUCGUGAACACGGCUGCCUCAGAAACCCAUUGUUUGCUAUUGAAAAGACGCAUACCCACAGUCCAGCAUUGCAAUUAUCACGGACCCGGGCAUCCUCCCCUUCAGCAGCCAUGUAUCCAGCCAAAGUGCCGUUCCCCCGGUGCCCCAAUACGCGUGUAUACGGCACAUACGGCAAUAUCAAACCCUCCUCCACACCACGCAUGCAUGCUCCUCACACACACACUCCACGCACUCUGCACAGCACGCCAUACCCAGCCUAACCCCCCCACAAAUCCAUUGCCCUAUGGCAUAUGUAUGCACUUACUCUACACAAUCCCAUCCAGCAACACGCACACACAAUAUACACAGCACUAUAUCCGCCCAUAUAACCACGCAAUCCAGAUCCAGAUCCAGCCCCGUCCAUACCGUUCCCCCUCAUCUGUUUACCACGUCCGGUGCAAAUUUCCCGUUCACUCGUUCGCGCGAGCUGUCUAG